GUACGUUUCUUUUUUGGCUGAGAGCACGAAAAGAUUACUUUGGUGUGUGUUUUCCAUCAAUCCUAAUUACACAGCACGUAGAUUCUAAAUCCAAUUACUCAACAACAUGACACUCCCAUCCAAGUACCAGAAUGGGAGCAUUGACUCCUCUGUCAAAGGUGUCUACCGUGCAUCACCUAUCAAGCUUCUGAUUUAUGGACGAGGUACAAGUAAGCAACUAUCUGAUGUGGUUGCGGAGCUUGGGGGCACAAAGGCCUUCAUCAUCACUGGACGUUCACUGUAUGAGAAAACCCCGGUCAUCAAGGAAAUUGAGAAGAGUCUGGGACCCGUUCAUGGAGGAACAUUCAGUAAGAUAGGGCAACAUGCGCCGAUUGGAGACAUCAAAGAUGCCACCACCUUAAUGGCGCAGUCUGGAAGUGACAUCUUGAUAGCAGUAGGCGGCGGGUCGCCCAUUGAUUCUGCGAAAGCGAUCGCGCACAACAUCCAUCAAGAAACAGGUAAAUGGGUUGCAAGUAUUGCAGUGCCAACUACGCUCAGUGUCGCCGAGACAACACAGAAUGCAGGAUUCACUACGGAGGAGAAACACAAGAUUGCCGUCAGCAAUCCUGAGCUUGUUCCUAAAGCUGUUGUUUACGAUGGAGAUAUCGCGCUGUAUACGCCUCUAAAUCUCUGGACUAGUACUGGUAUGCGAUCGCUUGACCAUGCGGUAGAAUUGAUGUACCAUCCGCUCGCUUCCGAGAUACCUACCAAGCGCAUGUGCCUGGAAGCGAUCAAAGAUCUGUUCACUUAUUUGCCUCAAUCAAAAGCCAACCCGGAGGAUGCCGAUAUUCGUACCAAGCUAUUUCUGGCCUGUUAUUCCUCCCUCUUCCCUUUUCUCUACACAGGAGGAGUCGGGCUCAGUCACAGUAUUGGACAUGCAAUUGGCGCGACGUAUUCGAUUCCCCACGGUAUUACAAGUUGCUUGAGCUUAGCGCCUACUGUGCAUUUCAAGGCCCAGAAUCCAGACGAAGCCAGACAGAUCGCAAGGAUAAUUCCUUACAUCGGGAGACAAAGCACAGGCAAUGACGAAGAGGAUUCACAUGUUGUAGCAGACGCAAUUGCACAGCUAGUUGAGGUUCUCGGUCACAAGACGACGCUGACAUCUUAUAACGUCCCAACGGGCGAUGCAGAAGAAGAAGCCAUAGCUACCCGGGCACUUCAUAGCAAAGACCACAAGGAUUUUGAAAACUCCGCGCUUUUACUUGAUCGUUACUAUGUUGCGUUUAGUGGAGUGUCUGGUAAAAUUUCUUCCGAGAUCUAUAUCCGAACCUUUUCCUCCACUUUUCCGCCUCCAUUCCGGAAUUACAUUCUGCCACAUCCCCUCCCAGCCAUUUGUGGUGGCCUUCUGGGGUCCCUCACGUGCCUGAGUCUCCACCGGCAUCGGCUACGGCAAUUGCAUCGGUCUACCCAGUAUUGCCUAGCGUCCGAUAUUCCAGUUGUGGGGAGCUCCAGCUCACAUACCCAACUUCUCACGAUGCAACGAACCCUAUUUGCAGCGGCCGCUCGUCGAAGCGCGCCCGCGGUCCGCUUCUUCAGCAGUAGUUCAUUCCGCAACCAGAUCAAUAAGAUCUACCCAUCUGCAUCGGAAGCUCUUAAGGACAUGAAAUCGGACACAACCCUUCUGGUUGGGGGCUUUGGAUUCUCCGGCGUACCGAAUACCCUCAUCAAUGCCCUCCGCGAUCGUACAGAUUUAACAAACUUUACUGUUGUUAGUAACAAUGCUGGUAUGCCCGGAGUUGGGCUUGGGCAGCUUUUAGACACUAAGCAGAUUGGGACCAUGAUUGCAAGCUAUAUUGGAGACAACAAAGUCUUUGAAAAGAUGUAUUUGAGUGGUGACUUGGAUCUUCAGCUUACACCGCAGGGCACAAUCGCAGAGAAGUGUGCCGCUGGCGCAGCUGGUGUGCCUGCAUUCUACACCCCUGCCGCGUAUGGAACUAUCGUACAAACUGGUGAACUUCCCGUGAGGUACAACAAGGACGGCACGGUCGCCAAAAUGGCCCCACCCAAGGAGACCCGCGAGUUCAACGGAAAGGCCUACGUUAUGGAAGAGGCCAUCUUUGGCGAUUACGCAUUCGUCAAAGUCGCUAAAGCCGAUCGACUGGGAAAUUGCCAAUUCCGAAAAGCGCAGAACAACUUCAACGAAGCUAUGGGAAAGAACGCAAAGGUCACAAUCGUAGAGGCUGAUGAGAUUGUCGAAGACGGCGUGAUUGCGCCUGAAGACAUCCAUCUCCAAGGUGUUUAUGUGAAGAGAGUCAUUAAGAGUACUGAGGAUAAGAAAAUUGAGAGGCUCGUCUUCUACAAAGACCCAGAAGAACAGAAGAAAGCACUCCUGGAAGGUGGAAGUUCAGAAGCCUCCCAAAAACGAGAGCGCAUCAUCAAGCGGGCUGCCCAGGAACUGAAGGACGGCAUGUAUGUAAAUCUUGGCAUUGGUAUGCCCCUUGCGGCUCCCGCCUUCCUGCCCGAAGGUGUCGAAAUCAUUCUCGAGUCCGAGAACGGUAUUCUUGGUAUGGGCGGAUACCCAAAGCAAGGCGAAGAAGACCCAGAUCUCAUCAAUGCUGGUAAAGAAACUGUCACAUUGAUUAAGGGUGCGUCUGUCUUCGGAAGCCACGAGAGUUUCGGUAUGAUCAGAUCUGGAAGAAUCGAUGUGGCGAUGUUGGGCGCCAUGCAGGUUAAUCAAUAUGGAGAUCUUGCAAAUUUCAUGCUUCCAGGCAAAGUCAAGGGUAUCGGUGGAGCUAUGGAUCUCGUUGCAAACCCCACGCAGACCAAGGUCGUCAUCACAAUGGAGCACACCGACAAGAAGGGAAACCCCAAGAUCUUGAACCAGUGCACUUUUCCCUUGACUGGUCAGAAGUGCGUAUCCACGAUUAUCACGGAUCUUGCUGUCUUCGACGUGGACCGUGUAGAGGGCUUAACGCUUAAAGAGGUUGCAAAGGGGGUCACAGUGGAUGAAAUCAAGGCAAAAACCGAGGCGCCGUUCAAGGUCGCCGAAGACUUGAAAGAGAUGCAGAUCUAAGAGGGAACUAGGUACCGUGUUGUUCUGUUUAGCGUUCUUGCAUGAUUCAAAAAGCAUAGGGGCAUCUGGAGUUGGAUACAGGCUCGUGCAUUAUUUCAUUUCAUAGUUUUGUUAUACCAUACCAAUUGCGG